UCAAGAAAAAACGAGCAAAAGGGACUCGAAAGAAAAACAUCAGCAAAUUUUACUUUUUUUCGUGUCAACUGUCGUCAUUGAGCUGUAAAACAGUAGAAAAAUGUCUUGCAAACCGAAAUCAACUUACCUUUCGUAAGUGUUGAAAGUAUGUGCAUUUGAGUGCGUUUUCGUCGUUUCGUUCGUCGCUGUCAAGGACAAAGUGUGGUGUUAAUCUGAUUCCUGCACACGAUCUGAGCAAGGUUUGGCUAAGAAUAUCAAAGCGACAGACAAAGGAGAUCUGGAAGAUCCAAACUGUUAAUGCUAGAAAGAGUCAGCUAGAAAAUGAAUUACGAUGUGCUACUAAACCGAACGGGAUUCGGUCGCUUAAACGUAAGUCAACAAGUUCGAAGCGUAUCUGAGAGCGAAGGUCAGUCGUACCGUCAGCAAGAAAAUGAAACCCCCACUAGAAAAAUUUCUGGUUGCACUGCGACCGGAAACAGCGAGGAACUAAAAGGCAAAGUUGAGUCCAAAUUGAUGAGCAUGUGGAACAAUGUCAAGUUUGGGUGGUCCGGUAAAAUGAAACCCAGCUUUUCAAAAGAGCAACCUCUCUGGUUGCUUGGACGAUGUUAUCACCAAAAAGUUACUCCUGUGUUAUCAAUGGAAAACUCGAUGGAAUUGAGUGCUAGUGUGGAAACAAAUCAACUGGUAUUUGAAAAUGUGCAGCAGCAGCAACAACAAGCGGAUAUAUUUGUAGAGUCUCCGCCGGAAGAGACUGGUACCGAUGCUAUUGAGGAUAGUAGUCCUGACGCAAUUGUUGAAGAGGAAGGCAUAGAGGCGUUCAAGCGGGAUUUUAUUUCUCGCCUGUGGAUGACUUAUCGGAAGGAGUUUCAAACAAUAUAUGACUCCAAUUAUACUUCCGAUUGCGGCUGGGGUUGUAUGAUUCGUUCAGGACAAAUGUUGCUUGCACAAGGGCUUAUGACUCAUUUUCUUGGCCGUACUUGGCGAUGGGAUGCAUCGGCUGAAAACAUCAGGUUAAAUUAUAAGUCUUUGAGCUACGAAGAUAACAUUCAUCGGAAGAUAAUACGCUGGUUUGGGGACACUCCUUCAAGGACAAGUCCAUUUUCUAUUCACACACUAGUGGCUCUUGGGAAGGAAACGGGAAAGAAACCAGGUGAUUGGUACGGUCCGGGAGCAGUAGCCCAUCUGCUAAAACAAUCGGUGAAACAAGCCACUCAGGAAAUCGCCGAUCUCGAUGGAAUUAAUGUUUACGUUGCCCAAGAUUGCGCUGUUUAUAUUCAGGACAUUAUCGAUGAAUGUACGAUUUCCGCUGCUCCAAGUGUAGCACCAUGGCAGAAAAAGCUGCCGUCGGCAUCUAACUCCAAUUCCUCUUCCAAUGCUUCGCCUUGCACUAACGUAAUUAACACUGCUUCGAAUACCUCUGCUAACCUGUCUGCCGUGGAAGACAGUUGUCACUGGAAGUCGCUGAUUCUUUUAGUGCCACUACGGCUCGGAACGGACAAGCUGAAUCCUAUUUAUAACGACUGCCUGAAGGCGAUGCUCAGUCUUGACAACUGCAUCGGAAUCAUCGGGGGUCGGCCAAAGCACUCGCUGUACUUUGUUGGCUAUCAGGAGGACAAGUUAAUCCACUUGGAUCCGCACUUCUGCCAGGAUAUGGUAGAUGUUAAUGAGGAAAACUUUGCAGUCUCGUCGUUUCACUGCAAAUCACCGAGAAAGAUCAAACUGAGUAAAAUGGACCCGAGCUGCUGCAUUGGAUUCUACUGCGAGACCAGAAAGGACUUUUUCAAGUUUGUUGACAACGUCAAGCCGUUCCUUCUUCCAGUAAAGCAAUCGAUGAGUAGUAGCUUUACCAGCUCAACCGGUCUGCAUCAGUUCAACGAAAUCACUUACCCAAUGUUCGUGUUUUGCCGGGGCAAAAGCAGCGAGCAGCAGAUUGAUUUGCCAGUAAGGUCCAUGUAUCGAUCCCCGCCGGCACCACCGCCCCUCUCCUCACACAACGCUACGCAUUCGCAGCAGCUACUCCCGCAGGACUACGACGAUGAUGACGAUGAUGACGACGAAGCUAUUGAGUUUGUAAUUGUGUAGAUCCACUCUAUCUAAACCCCCGGCAAGUAGGACCCUAUUGCUAAAUAUCAGUUCAUGUAGCACAUUCCGGCUCUUUUAAAAGCAGUUUCUCCAAUUUGGUGCUCCCUUAGCUCGAACCUAAUGCUUUAUGCUUCUAGUAUUGUGUGCUUUAAAUGCAAACAAUCUUUCUUCAGCAACUUGAGUAGGAAAUACUUAAGCAUCCACUCGAUAACGGAAUAAUCAUGCUAAUAGCUAAAUAAUAUCUAGAAAACGGAUUCAACCUGCUGUAGUAUAGUACCUUACUGGUCUCCUCACUGUUAUGUUGUGGGUGCAGUCGGUGCAUUCACGUUUCUAACAAGAAACAUUAACGGUAGUCUGUACUUAUUUGAAGAAACGUAGUAAGAUUGUAAUCUUCUUACCAUAAUAAUUAUUACCCUGUUAGCCUGUAGUUGUUUUAGGACUAUAUCUAAAACUGCGCCUGUGUAUAUUACAAAAGGGUUUUCAUGCUCAAUGCGAUGAGGCAAGCUAAAAUCGUGGCAGUAAUUUAUUAUUCGUAGAUAUGGCAAAAUAAUAUUUUCACUUUUUCCAAGGACAUGUACUCUACUAAACUUUUCAAUUAUCAUGUAUGCUGUCAGCGAUUAAAUGAGUCGUCUGGAUUCUGUGGUACUAUCUGGCAAGAUAUUGCUUUAUAACUUGAUAGUUUUUUUUUAUUUCAAUUGUAGAGGUUCUACAAUUGAAAUAAAGGGUAAUUCGCCUCCUUUUCGGGUUAGAAAAGUCUCUAAUCCUUUAUGCGGGUGGUUGCGAAUCGAACCCAGGUGUGCUGCGUACAAGGAAAUCGAUUUACCAGGUACGCUAUGCUCGCUCCCAUGAUAAGAGGUUACCCCUACACUGCCGCUAGAAGCAUAAUUGUCCCAUGUGUAUAGGGAUUCCCAUAGCACAUGGGACAGUUAUGCUUCUAGCGGCAGUACAGUUGAGGAUCUAUUUUCGAUAAAUUUCGUAGGUUUUUUAAAUGGUUUUCCUACGUAAAAGAGGAGCUCUACGCAACAACAAUUGCGCAUUACAUAACUAUCUGAUUCGUACAAAAUGUAUACUCGAAGCAAUUAGGUUCGAGAAAAAGUGAUAUAGUAAUGCGGAAUAGCUAAUCGGACUCACCGUGUUAGACAUACAAAAGGAACAAUUGGAAGAUACAACUUCGUGGAACAGAAUGAUCAUGUUGGCUCAUCUUAUCGCGUACAGAUUCAUGUGUGUUUUGGCUUUUUUAGAUUAUGAAAAAACGCCUUUAUGUCGAAAGUUGUAAUUAUAAAUUAUACAUGAUUAUUUAUAAAGUUGUUUUCGCUUCAUAUAGGUUUUAGAAACGAGAAAUACAAUACAUCCUCCGAUUAUGCACUAUAAUUAGCUAAUUAAUCACUAUAGGAAAUGUCUCAUACAUCUGUAAAUUUUGACUGUAAUAAUAUGAUGGAGCAUCCGAUUUGCAAAA